AUGUCUCCCCCAGCCAUGCUUUUUCAAGAGCCCGUCUCACCCACCGUUCCUUCCAAGAAGUUGAACCUUCCUCAUGAGUCUGCUGUUCCCGUUGGAGGCAAGACCAAGGGCGAGACCAUUGAGGCUGUGGCUGGUGACUGGCAGUCCUUCACCUUCCGUCCCAUCCGUGAGUCGCAGGUCAGCAGAGCCAUGACCCGCCGCUACUUCUCCGACUUGGACAAGUACGCCGAGUCUGACGUCGUCAUCAUUGGCGCUGGCUCUUGCGGUCUCUCUGCCGCAUACUGCUUAGCCAAGGCUCGUCCUGACCUCAAGAUUGCCAUCAUCGAGGCCAGUGUCAGCCCUGGUGGUGGUGCUUGGCUCGGUGGCCAGCUCUUCUCUGCCAUGGUCAUGCGCAAGCCUGCUGAUGCCUUCCUCCGCGAGAUUGGUGUCGACUACGAGGAGGACGGCGAUGACAGCAACUAUGUUGUCGUCAAGCAUGCCGCUCUCUUCACCAGCACCCUGCUCAGCAAGGUCUUGCAGUUCCCUAACGUCAAGCUCUUCAACGCCACUGCCGUUGAGGAUCUCAUCACCCGCCCUCGUGAGGAUGGAACUAUCCAGAUUGCCGGUGUUGUCACCAACUGGACUUUGGUAAGUCGAAAAGCAUCUGCACAUACUCUUGAAGCUUUGAUACUGACUCUUUUCCUACAGGUCAGCAUGCACCACGAUGACCAGUCAUGCAUGGACCCCAACACCAUCAACGCCCCUGUCAUCAUCUCCACCACUGGCCACGACGGCCCCUUCGGUGCCUUCUCCGUCAAGCGUCUUGUCAGCAUGCAGGCCAUCAAGUGCCUUGGUGGCAUGCGCGGUCUCGACAUGAACACCGCCGAAGACGCCAUCGUCAAGGGCACCCGCGAGAUCGUCCCUGGCCUCAUCGUCGGCGGCAUGGAACUUUCCGAAGUCGACGGUGCCAACCGCAUGGGACCUACCUUCGGUGCCAUGGCACUCAGUGGUGUCAAGGCUGCUGAGGAGGUCGUCAAGGUCUUUGAGCAGCGUCAGAAGGAGUGUGCUGCUUCUUACUAA